UGCCUGUGUCCUUACACCGCCGGAAACUUGUGCUUCUGGAGCUCUCCCGAUCCGGAAGCGGUCGGUGUCCUGUACAAAAGCAUCCGGGUACAUCCGGAAGCUGUGGGAAGGGUGGACUAUGGCAGAGGGAGUACCCAGGAGAGCUACUGGCCAGCGUCGCGGCCGGGGUCGGGGCCUAGGUCAGCGGCGACCUCAAACCUGGGAGAUCUCCGACUCAGACGACGAAGGUGCCGCCGCUAGGAAGGUGGGCACGCAAGCCUCGAGUACAGCAAGCGAGCGCAGGACUGCGGCCAAGGCAUUACGGACGGAUCAGGUCCUGAGUCGCCUGGCGGUGUGCGUGGAUCCAGCUAUCCUGGAAGAUGCAGGUUCCGAUAUCCUGAUGGAGGCGUUGGGCACGCUAGGCUGUGAAUGCCGCAUCGAGCCGCAGCUCCUGUCCCGCAGCCUGCAGUGGAGCGUCGUGAGGACCGACCCAGCCCCCAGCAGUGUGCCGCUGGAGGUGUGGUCUGAGGAUGAGCGGGAACAGCUGCUGCUGCUAGAACCCCAGGAGUUUCUUCGGAGUGCUGUGCAGCUGUCCCAGACCACAGGUCCACCUUACUCCACGCCCUGGCUACCUCCCAACAGUCCAGCCCGCCUCCACCUGGCUGUCAUUGGACUGGAUGCAUACACGUGGUCUCAGCAUCCCAGUUCUCAAAGGACAUGGCAGCUAAAUAAGUCAAAGGAAGCCCACGGCAAGGUGGCCAUCAGCUGGCCCGAGGUGGAGGAGGUCCUGGUGCUGCUUCAGCUCCACGCAGACCUGGAUGUGCUGCUGGUGGCCUCAUGGCAGGAGCUGAGUCAGUAUGUGUGUGCCUUCACCAAGGCCCUCUCCCAGCGCCCUUCCAAGCAGUACCGGGACUCCCAGGCCUUUUCCUUCUGCACAGCAGGGCACUGGGCCUCAGGUCAGCAAGUGGCCAAAGAUGGCUCUGGGCUCCGAGGAGUAUGGUGGCGGCAAAUCAGACAGUUCAACCGGGUCAGCCCAGCUGUGGCUGAUGCUGUUGUCACCGCCUUCCCCUCGCCCCGCCUUCUGCAACAGGCUUUACUGGACUGCGGCACGGAACAGGAGCGCCUGAAUCUCCUAGCUGACCUCCCCGUGAAGGUCCACAGAGGCAGGCAGCCCCGGAGGGUGGGACCUGACAUUUCACGCCGAAUCUGUAUCUUCUUGACCACCACCAACCCCCACCUCCUGCUGGACCUGAGUUCUUGAUCACACCUGUGACAUCCUUGGGCUGCUUCUUGCCCCAGAGACUGACUAGUCACUCUGAGAGGCAGGCAAGGAUUGGGCCCUACCAGCAUACUUUUUCAGUCUGGGUUAGACCGUUAUUCUCUGGUCAAAUGGAAGUAUCAUGAGAAGCUGGGCAGUAGGUAGCAGGAGCCCUGGAAUGACUGGGGCUUCAACAUGCCCUUGGCCUGGAUCCUGGGUGCAGGAAGCCUGGUGGCAGAACUGAGUGCCCAUUUGGGUAAUUCCCAGUCCCAUUGCUAUCUGGAAGCUUAGGGUACAUCCUCAGGAAGUAGUAAGAGACCCUCGGGAGAAGAGAUCCAAGCUGCUGGACAGACAGACACAGUGAAAGGUAAACCAUAGGCACGGACAGCUCAGGCCUUAUUAGGGACCGUUUUAAUGUUAUAUAGCCUAUGGGAACGAGUCAAAAACCCUUCACAGGGCACCCACUGACAUCUUUGUAAUGGGCAGGAGCUGACAACAUGCAGUUGCAAGUCAGGAAAACCCCAAGGCCCUGUGGGUUGGGACAGCCCAUCUCCUUUUUCCUGGGCUGUGAGUGUUUGAGUAAGCUAGCAUCCCAGGUUUAUAAUCCAGGUCCUGAAAUGUUUGGGCUGCUGUUCCCAAGACACAUGGCAACUCAGGGCACAAAUAGAGUGCUGCUCCCCCAGGACAUGCAGAAGAAUGGCCUCCACGCUCCACGGCCAUCAGAAGACUGUCCUGGCUUCAGAGAGAUGGGGACAAGCCUGGACCUCAGUUCUUCCUCUCCUGCUGCCCUGGAAGGGACAGAAUAAGGUAGCCGCGCUUCAGCUGGAGAAGUCAGCUUCUUUUGCAGCGCUUCCUCUGACAGGGCCUGGUCUCGGUGCUCUCAACACCAGCUGUGGCUGUGCCAGGAGGGGGUCCAGGGGACUUCCAGUGGUUGCAGUUCAUGCUCAGGACCCAGCCCAGCUUGUUACGUAGCACUUGCUUGAGGCCAGGUGGCAAGGGCAGGCCCUCGAGGGUAUCUCCUGAGUUUGGCCGCAGCUGGCGCAGGCGAUAGCAGCACAGGUAUUGCAGGGAGGUGGAGCUGGCACAGGAGCGGAUGACUUUCAUGCUGCUCUUGGCAGCUGUGGAGCACACCAUCGGGUAGAACCUUCUGUUUUGCAGCCGGGUGGCAGCCACUCCUGGAAGGAAGACUCAACCUGAGUGUAUGUAGGUCAGGAGCCAAGAAGCUCCUCCCAUAAUACACCAAGGUGAACAGCUCAUGCCACUCUGAACACAGAAGACAGACUCAGCUUGGCUUCACCUGUCCACCCUGGAGAGCCUCAGAUCAGCUGCCUGACUGUACCCUAUGCUCCAUCUUUGGUCUCCAGCACCUGACUGAGACCUGGUCAGGAAGGCACCCUCACCUAUGCACUUCCUGUUCUUGAAGAAGGUCAGCGUCCCAUGCCAGGUGUCCAAGUGUACGCCGAUGAUAGAGCCCUGGCCGAAGCGAGAUGAGAAAGUCAUCUUGUCGCCUUUGUGAUGGAGGAGCCCUGGGAGAGCAGAUGGGUAAGCCUGGGAGGCCUGUGACACUGCCGGCCCCGCCCACAACCCAGGCAAUACCUACCAGUGUAGGAGAGGCCCCAGCUGUCUUCGUCCCUGCCAAGCAGGCUGCAGAAUGUGUGAUGGUACUUGUCCAGGUCUACAUCUGAGGUCCCAAUGCCCACCAUCUGAAACAGUGGGGCUGAGCUAGUUAAGUGCCUAGGGGCCAGGGCCCAUGGCAGCUACCCUCUUGGCUGGCCAUUUACCAUGUCAGUGCCAUACACAGGAGAGGUCAUCUUGAUUUCCCAGAAAUGCUGGCCAUCCCCUAGCUCUUUGGUGCCCCGGAUGGCCGCAGUGCCACAGCUGUACUCCAUAUGAAAGCUGACCUUGCGGUUAUCACAGCUCAGCAAGGUGGCUGAGGACUUGUUCAGGUCAUCCCAGACCCAAUCAAAAUCUGUAAGACAGUGGCCCAAAACUAGGCAGGGCUGGGGCAAAGCAGCCUUACUCUGGUGCUAGAGAAUCUGCCCGCCCCAUCCGCCCACCCCAGGCACCAGUGACAGGCACUCACCCUCAUCCUCCUCACCACACCGGCAGUCCUUGCCGCGGUGUGCUGUGUGUAGGCUGUUGCAGAAGGUAGCCUCGUUCUGACCCUCACAGUCACAGAAGGACUCCCCUGUCACAGGCACAGCACUGGGGAUGGAUGGUGGCAGGGAAGAGUACUCAGGGUCGGAGUCAGAGUCACUGUGCUGGGAGGAAAGUGACAGAUUAUUCUAUUUAUGGCAGCUUUCCCAUUGCCAGGCUACCUGACCCUUUCUCACAUCCUCCAGAAGAAUCCAGACACCUCCUGGGGUUCUCCAGUGUCCAGCAUAAGCAGCCUCAGUGCUAAAAUUUGACUUGUAUGCAUGAGAGUACAGUGGAAUGGGGAGGUGUUCCUGGGGGACAGCGUCUCACUUCACUUCUUAAUGGACUCUAAGACUCAAUAUACAGCCGUCAGCACCAUUUCCGCACAGACCACACGAGAUGGGGCCCUCCAGCACCCACCUCCUGUCGUUUCUAGGUAGCUCAAGGUCUCCUAGACCACAGGGCUGGUACUGUCAGCAAGGUCUAGCAUCUGAUUCCUCACAGCCUAAGUAAGACCUAAGCCUUAGGAUGUGUGUUCCCAUCCCAUGCAAGGCCACCGGAAGCAAAAGGAGCAUCGCAGUGAAUCCUAACGGGCUAAUGUGGCUGCUGCAAACUCCUCCAGAGAUGCAGUCCAUGUGGCUGGAGCUCAGUCCUCGGAGGCUGACAGGUGUAGACAAAGCAGGGCUGGCCAGGUUCCAGCUACUGACACUAUUCCCAUUCAGCUGCUCGGCAGUCUCCCUGGAGCUUUGGCUUCUGCCUCCUUGGCCUGCCAUGCCCUACACAGUUCAUGACCCCUCUAUAACCUGAGCAGACCGCGACCAUAUCAGUUCUGUCGUCCACUCUUGAGUCACAUCUAUUGCCAGCCACAUAUCCAGCCCUGUGAUGGGCACCAGGUGAUCCCUGCGAUCCCUAAAUGGAAGCAUUCAGCCACCAACAGAAGCUUGGACCAGAUCUUUCACCCCCAUAUUCUUUCCACAAUACUCAACGCUCUCCACUCUCCUGUUCUCUGCUUCUUUUGCAAUACUGCCAGCUCCUCGGGCAAGGCCUCAAAUCACACACCCGAUCCCAAGAACCAUUAUGGUGGUUGUUCAGUACCGUGAGGAAGUAGCCAGCACCAACCAGACAACUAAGGGAGACUGGAGACUAACCUUCAACUCCAGGCCUGCAUGCUGGAAUAGGGGAGUAGUAACUCCACAGGAAGCCAGACACAGGAUGUAGUAACCGAGGUGAACCUAGACCCUUCAGCAGCCAACCGGAACAGCUAUCCUGUCUGAAGGAAAGGCUUAUAGGGCAGACCUUGCACCCACUGGCAAAGAUUGGCUCCUCUAAAGCCAAGGCAAACCCAGUGAAUCAGGAGUCAGGGUAUACAGUCAAUCUACCUUAGGACAGGAAGGAGGGAGGAUGCGGCUCAACCCAGCAAAGGGCCCAGGGACACCGGGAACUAACUGACACCUGACUACAUGACAGGCACGCACGUGUCACUGCGGCCAUCCCUCAGUGAUGACUCUGAGGCAGUAGCAGGCAGGCAUACAGGCUGUCAUUGGGCGUGGCUGAAAAUUUGGACUGACCUCUCAAGUUCAGAAGACCCCACUGACCAAGUCAGUAAACCUAUGGCUUCCAAGUUUUCCUCACACCCAUGUGAGGCGAUCCCAUGAGCUUCUAGAAGGGACUGUGUUGUAGGAAGCUAUGACAUCAGAGUAGAGGCGACACAGGGCAGGGCCAGAAUACCAGUCCAGGAAAGCAAGACUGAUGAGCCACCCCAAGGGCCUGGUCAGGUGUAUCAAGCUGGUAUCUACCCUGGGCCCUGCAUUCCUGGGCCUCCCUGUGCCUGGAGUCAGCAACAAAGGAUGUCUUUGAAAACUGAACUCAAGAACUAAAGAUUUAAGAACAAAAACAGAA